GGGAAUCCAACUCUUUAACGGUGUAAAAAACUCAGUAUGCAUGAAACAGCAUUUCACCCCCCCUUUAACUGUUACUGGCCUACUUGCCACUGCAUGCUUAAAACAAUUAUAUCCUAUACAUUACCUUAUGUAAUGUUGACAAAUUAUAUAUCACUCAAAAGCUUAUGAACUCCAGAUUCAGCCUUUGAAAACCAUUUUGAAAUCGGACCUUGCUUUAGCAUAAAAAUGGUACUCUGUGACCCCCCGUUUUUUAAAUGGGCAUUAAAGUGCACUAUCCAAACUUAAAUUGCUGUAAUUUAUGAACACUUUGGAAUAUAAACCUAAAGGCCAGCAUUUUUCAACACGUUUUUUGUGUUCACACCCAAGCGAUUUUUGCUGACGAUGAGCCGAGUGAACAUGCAAAUUCAUUCCCUGACAUUAGAUGGCGCUUAAUGUAAAACAGAAAUACCCCUGCACACAAGGUGGCGCUGCGCAACUUUACGCUUCUUAAACUCGCUUUACACUCAGAAGAAGAGAGCAAGUAUUUACACGCUUGUCAGAAUCAUACAAAGAAAACAUGAAUAUUUCAAGCACCAGUAGCUCCAGUUCCAGUUCCAGCGAUGAAUAAAUUGUUGUUUUGUUGAAUGAGCAAAGACGCCGGAAAAGACGCCGAUUUUGGGUACAUCCCAUAGUUACAAGAAGAGAAGAACAUGGGGAGUUUUAUCGACUGGUACAAGAGCUGAAAAUGUAUCAUGAGCGUUUUCGGGGAUAUUUUAGAAUGUCCGUCAGUGAGUUGGAAAAUUUACUUCAACAACUGGUUCCCUCGCUGACGAAAGAACAGACACACUACCGUAAACCAAUCGACCCAGAACAGCGUUUGGCCGUGGGUUUACGUUUUCUAAACACUGGGGACUCGUACCGCACUAUUGCGUCCAGCUUUCGACUUGGUGUGUCAACUGUGGCUUCGAUAGUGAGUGAAACCUGUGAUGCAUUGUGGCACUGCCUCAGAGAUGAACAUUUGCCAGUGCCUACUGAAGAGAUGUGGAGGAGUACAGCCAGGAGAUUCCAUGAAAGAUGGAAUUUCCCUAACUGCUUGGGAGCCAUGGAUGGGAAACACAUAUUCAUCCAGGCCCCUGCAAACUCUGGUUCUCUAUACUUUAAUUAUAAAGGUACAUUCUCCGUUGUAUUGCUGGCCUUAGUUGAUGCAGAUUACCGCUUCCUGGUGGUUGAUUUGGAGAGCUAUGGCAGCAACAGUGAUGGAGGAAUCUUUGCCAAUUCUGUACUGGGAAAGGCACUCAGAGAUGGAACUCUGAAUGUUCCCCCACCAAGUGAACUUCCAGUUAACCAUGGGAAAAGUUAACCAUGUCAUUGUGGCGGAUGAAGCUUUUCCACUGAAACCAUAUCUCCUCCGGCCAUACCCUGGACGCCGCCUCCCCACAGACAAGAGAAUUUUCAAUUAUCGUUUGUCUCGGGCACGGCGCAUCUCUGAAAAUGUAUUUGGCAUCCUCAGUCAAUGCUUCCGGGUUUUCCAAAGAACUUUUCCAAAGAACUUUACAGGUUCAACCAAGUGUUGUUGACAAAGUUGUCAAAGCUACUUGUGCAUUGUGCAAUUAUUUGCGCCCGAACGGAAAUGACCAGAAUCGUGCCACAGAGGAUGACCAUGAUUGUGAGCAACCACUACAAGACAUUGAACAUUGUAGGGGGCAGCGGGCAUCUGUGGAGGCCCAAAAUGUCCGAGAACUGUACAAAGAGUACUUCAACUCACCAGCAGGAGAAGUUGCUUGGCAGUAUGACCAUGUGAACCAUGCUCUGGGGAACAGAUAAUAUCAACCUAUAAAUUUGAGCCAUUUUAAUUACAUUUUCCAUUGUGAAAACCGCUAGUGUAUGUGUAUAUAUACAAUUUCUGUGAACUUGAAUACACUAUCAAAUCUAUUGCAUCUGAUUCUUCAUUAAUUAAUAUGGCAGCACUCACCACAGCAAAUUAAAUAUUUUUGAUAUAACAUGUUCUAUCAAAGUUAAAGUAUAGUUUUUUUUUGCAAAA